UCAUGUUACUAUUGCAUCAGAAACAUCUACACCAGCUCUGUGUGAUAAUUCAGUGGUGUGUGAACCAACACUGCAUGGAAACAGCACUAACAUGAACACACACGAGAAAACAGUGCCAGGUUUGGGAACGGCUUUGUGUUUGUGCGCACUUCUGAUUUUCUGCCUCAUUUAUUUCAUACUGAGGAGAAGAAAACGUGAUAAAAUAAACGCUUCUGCAGACGAUUGUCCAGGAUUGCGGCAGGAAUCUCAUGUCGACAGCCUGACUUAUGAAGCUUUACAAUUGUUCAAGAGGAAAUUUCAACCAGGAGAAAGGGACUAUUUGGUGUACACUGAUGUGAUGUACGUGAAACUGUAAUAUAUAACAUAAAAGUCCUGAAAACAUUAUUAUUAACUAAACCGCUGCCUUGCUAGAGGUUUUAAUGCUGUAGUGUAAUGAUGGGCUGAUAUUCCACCAUUCAUCCUGUCAAAUAUGUAUUAUUAUUAUUAUUAUUAUUAUUAUUAUUAUUAUUAUUAUUAUUAUUAUUGUUAUUAUUAUUAUUAUUAUUAUUAUUAUUAUUAUUAUUAUUAUUAUUAUUAUCAUUAUUAUUAUUAUUAUUAUUAUUAUUAUUAUUAUUAUUAUUAUUAUUAUUAUUAAUUUAACAUGUUUAAUCUCUGUAUGAGUUCAACCAAGUAAAUCAAAUAAAAGUGAUCCAUCUCUGUUAUCUGAAUCUGUAUUUUGCAGAAGACACAAAAAUGUGAAAAAGUCAAUAAUUAAAAAAUAUUAUUGGCACCCUUGAUGAAAAGCAAUAUGGGCUACGAAAAAAAUAUCUUUGUGUUUAAUUAACUUAUCCUCACACUAACAGCUAAAAGAGGUCGAAUCUUUAAUUCAAG